UCGCCUUCGUCUUUGAUUUCAUCUUUGCAGAAUGAGGUCGUUGUCGUCUUUCGUGAAGUUUUACACUCUCACAUAUGGACAGCUUUAUUCCCAUUCUCUCUCUUCUACAACCAUGGCCGUUUCUCUCUCACCUUAACUCCUCGAAACCCUCUUUUCAAUUCCAGUUUGUAAGUCAACAUGGGGGCAAUUGUCACCGGAGAUCGGUAUCUCGAAUCGCUAGUGAAGUUCGUCGAGAAGCAGGCUGGUCCGUUGAUCGAAGGAACCCUUGUAUUGAAGUUGAAUCCGGUUGGGCUUCACUAUGUUCAAUCCCGGCUCGAAUCGUUGGCGGAGCUUGAGAGGCUCCUCGCCGGAGCUCCUGUUGAUUACCUCCGUGCCUAUGUCUCUGACCUUGGUGAUCACCGGGCGCUUGAACAGCUCCGACGGAUCCUACGGAUACUUACAUCACUCAAAGUUAUUUCUGUAUUACCACCGCCUUCCUGUAGAGACCCGACGCCUCUCUGUUUGCUGCCUUUUAGUCGCCUGAAGGUUCUCGAACUUCGUGGAUGCGAUCUCUCCACCUCUGCUGCUCGAGGUCUUCUUGAACUUAGGCACACUCUGGAGAAGAUUAUCUGUCAUAACUCAACUGAUGCUCUUCGACAUGUUUUUGCUAGUAGAAUUGCUGAGAUAGAGCAUUCUCCUCAGUGGAAGCGAUUGUCAUUCGUUUCUUGUGCUUAUAAUGGCUUGGUUUUAAUGGAUGAUUCCCUGCGACUCCUUCCUGUUGUUGAAACACUUGAUCUAAGCCGGAACAAGUUUACCAAAGUGGAUAAUCUUUUGAGAUGUAGCAAGCUGAAGCACCUAGACCUCGGUUUCAAUCAACUGAGAACAAUUUCAUCAUUUAGUAAGGUUACAUGUCAGAUUGUGAAACUAGUAUUGAGGAAUAAUGCUCUUACUACUAUGCGUGGGGUUGAGAAUCUAAAAUCACUUGAAGGGCUUGAUCUUUCCUACAAUAUCAUUUCUAGCUUUUCAGAGCUGGAAUUCCUAGCAGCUCUUCCAUCACUGAAGACUUUGUGGUUAGAAGGAAAUCCAGUAUGUUCUGCUAGCUGGUAUAGACCACAAGUUUAUAGCUUCUUCACUGAUCCAGAAAAGUUGAUAUUGGAUGACAAAAAGAUCUCAACUAGAGAAGUCUGGAAACGACAGAUCAUCAUUGCCAGUAGGCAAAAGCAACCAGCUAGCUUUGGAUUUUAUUCCCCAGCCAAAGAUGAAGCUGAAACAGAAGCAAGUGUUCACAACAAAAUGAAGAAACUAUCGCGUGUUGCCAGUAUUGAAAGUGAAAUGGCAAGCACAGAAUCAUCUUCUGAUCAUGAAUCGAUAAUUUAUGAGGAUGAGGAACAAGGCAAACAGGAGAACACUAAUUUAAAUAAAGGAGCUGAAAUUGAUGAUUUCAUGAACAAAAUCGAGUUCAUGAAAAAACAAAGAUCUGCUUCAUGGCUAGAGGAGUUUCAAAAGUGGAUGAAUCCUGUUUCUAGUGAUCAUAUAAAGGCUAAUCAUGUGCCAAGUGGGCUUCCUUUGAUUCCUGAAAAAGAGAAAGAUUCAAGAAAGAAAAGAAGAGUAAAACAAUUUGGUAAAAAAACAAGAUACAUAUCUGCUUCUGCUGAUGUUUUUGAAGAACACCGAAUGGAGCUUCCAGUGUCUUAUUAUCCAUAUGAUGAUUUGUCUAUCGAUACUGUUUCUGAACAAUACCCUGAAACAGAAUCAAAUUAUCUUGCUGAUGAAGAUGCAUCUAUUUCAAGUCAUAUGAAAUAUGAUAAAAAGGUUAAUAAUGAGGUUUCUAAAAACAUCAGAUCUUUAAAAGACAAGGGGGCAAUGGCUAGUUCAGACAAUGGUUUCAAAGUUGAAGGACCUGAAAUGACAAGUUCAAAUAGUAGCUUCAUUCCUUUGGAAUCUGUUGAUGAUGUCAUCGAUGCUCCUCGUUCACCUCCUCAUUAUCAAGAAGACAUUCUGCAUCGACGCCAUAAUUUGGAAGAAGAGUUUCUGCAGCUAUCUGUUGAGUCUUUUUCAGUGGUGUCUUCAGAUAGCUAUUCAAGUGAUAGUGGAGAUGAUUCUGUUGAAAUUGAUUCAACAACUGAUAAUGAUUUUUCAAAAAGUAUGGAUAGUUUAUCAUUCAUCCCUACUUCUGAAGAUCAUGUGUUUCAGUUUACAGAAAACGGGUCGUGUUCUUUAAACAACAAUUAUGAAGGAAGUAGUGUUAAUGAUGGUGAAAUAGUUGGUUUAGUGAAGCAAGAAGCCGAUUGGUUGGAGAAGAAAAUGUCAAAAAGAAAACCAAAGCCAAGAAUUGUUUCACUAACACAAACACAAACACAAACAGAUGAUAAUGAAUUGAAGUAUAGCCAAGAGGCUGAUAUGAGUGAUUUCCAAAUGGUUACUGAAAAAAAUCUAUCAGGGCUUGAGACAGAAGAAUUUAUCUUGAAGAACUUUGAAGUGGAUCUUUCGGAAUUUGGAAUUGAAGAAACAUGUAGCCAACAUGUGUCUUGCAAUUGUUUGCUUGAGGAUCCAUCUGGAAGCAGCAAAAGUGGUGUGGCAUUAUUACUGAGCUGUGAAUUGAAGCUAUACAUCCUGCUUCUCAAUGGGCGACACCAUGGGUCAGGGUCUAGUGCAAGUCUAGUCGGUUGCCUUGGGACUGAAGAUAUCAAAGAGGUUUUAGUAGGUUUAGGGCUUCAAGCUGUGAGGGUGUAUGCGAAACGAGGGGCAAGGUAUACGUUCAUAACAAGGAGUAUAGAGAAAUCAAGGCUGCUUGUAUCUAUAUUAGAAGUCUUUCAUUCAAAUGUUAAAAAGAAAGGCUUUCCUCUCAUAAGUUUGGAUAAGAUCCAGGUUGCCUUGUUUGAGAGAGAUGUCUGUGGGGGGUCAAAAACAAACAUCCUUCAAUAUUCCAUGGUGCUAUUCUGGAACAACACUUUCAAAGAAGAUGAAUGGUUUUCAAGAUCAUUAUUUGUUCUUGGAGAACAUAUGCUUGUGUGCAUCGAAGACAUCUCACAAUUCGGAUUUGAUUCACAAGAUACCUUUGCCCCAUAUUUCUCACUUGAUACUUGCUCUUCUCUUAUCAAUGCAUUAGAAAUGGUGAUUGAAACAAAAGAGAGGUGUUGUGUGACAUUAUCUCUAAAAUCCGUAACAUCCGUGUUUUCCCCUCGGGAUGUAUCCCGAAAAUCGGUCAACGCGGUCCCCGUGACAUGGAAGCUGAGGUGGAUAAGUGAAGACGGUUUGUUAAAAUUUGUUGCGCUUGUGAAGGCGCUCCAUGCCGGAGUGGGGCCCACAUCGAGUAUUACCAUAAGAUACACAUCUUGAAAAACUUGGUCAAAGGGUUCCAGCCUCAGCAGACACAGUGUGAGAGUUGAACAGGGUAGCCCAGAUAAUGGGUUGGUGGAAGAAUAACUCUUGUUUUUUUUUUUGAAAGUUGGAAGGACGUUAGUUGUUGUUUAGGUUAUGUUGUUUUGUACAGAAUAAAUGUGUACAGUUUAGUGUUAGAAAUGGAUUGGAU